CACAGAGUGGGUGUCUCCUUUCUAAGUUGCUCUUCAGGGCACAAUUAAAACCUCUAUAAAAGGCCCAGCUCCCAGCUGUUCAGUACACCUGCCAGCAGUGUCAGCGAGCACUUGACCUCUUCCUCUGGUGAAGUGGGUUUACUUGAACUUGAAGGAAGAAAAAAAAAUGUCUCCACUUCUGAGAAGCAUCUUUAAUAUCACUAAAAUUUUCAAUCAAUAUGCCUCACAUGAUUGUGAUGGGACAACACUAAGCAAGAAAGACCUGAAGAAUCUGCUUGAGAGGGAAUUUGGAGAUAUCCUUCGGAGACCACACGACCCAGAAACGGUAGACCUGGUCCUGGAACUUCAGGAUCGCGACCGUGACGGGCUAAUCGAUUUCCAUGAAUUCCUCGCGAUCGUUUUCAAAGUGGCUGCAGCUUGUUAUUACGCUCUCGGCCAGGCCUCGGGGCUAAAUGAGAAGGAAGCCAAGUGUGAGGGAAAAGGAAACCCGUUACAAGAUCGCAGGAGGGAAGACCAAAGGAGAUUCGAGCCCCAGGACAGACAACUAGAAGAACGCAGGCUGAAGAGGCAGGAACUGGAGGAGCUCGCUGAGGAAGAGGAGCUGAGGGAGAAGCAAGAAAGACUUGAGCAGAGGCUGCAAAGGCGAGAACAAGAAGAGUGUGGUGAGGAAGAGCUGCAGCAAAGGCCCAAGGGUCGGGAGCCGGAGGAGCUUCUGAACCGAGAGCAAAGGCUCGAGAGGCAGGAGCAACGGGAGCGACAGCGCCUCCAAGUGGAACAGCAACAGCGGCAAAGAGGAGAGCUGCGCGAGCGCCAGGAAGAAGAGCAGCUCCAAAGGCGGGAGACUCAGGAGCUCAAGAGGGAGCGUCUGGAGGAAGAGCUGCAGCUGCAAAGGCAGAGGCGCGGGCGCGAGGAGAGGCUCUUGGAGCUGGAGAGGCGGGAGCAGGAGCUGCGGCGCAAGGAGCAGCAGCUAAGGCGCGAGCAGGAGGAGGCGACGCAGGAAGAGAUCAGUGAGCGGGGCGAGAGCCGCACCUCGAGGUGUCAGUGGCAGCUAGAAAGUGAGGCCGACGCCCGUCAGUGCAAAGUCUACUCCAGGCCCCGCAGGCAAGAGCAGCAGAGGCGCCGCCAGGAGCAGGAGCUGCUCGAGAGGCAGCAGGAGCAGCAAGCCCGCGAGGAGGUGCAGAGCCUUCAAGAAGACCAGGAGAGGCAACGACGCAAGGAAGAGCAGCACUACGACCAAAACUGGAGGUGGCAACUAGAGGAGGAAAGCCAGAGACGCCGCUACACACUGUACGCCAAGCCAGCUCAACGGGAGCAGGUGAGCGAGGAAGGGCAGCUGCGGCUUGAAGAGGAGCAGCUGCAGCGGGAGAAGAGGCGCCAGGAGCGAGAAAGGCAGUAUCGGGAAGUGGAGCUGCAGCGGGAGGAAGAGCGACAACAGCGCGAGGAGGAGCAGCUGCAGAGACAGGAACGCGAGAAGAGGCGCCAGGAGAGCGAGAAGCAAUAUCUAGAGAAGGUGGAGCUGCAGAGAGAAGAGCAGCUUCAGAGAGAGGAACGGGAGAAGAGGCGCCAGGAGCGCGAGAAGCAAUAUCUAGAGAAAGUGGAGCUGCAGAGAGAGGAGCAGCUUCAGAGAGAGGAACGGGAAAAGAGGCGCCAGGAGCGCGAGAAACAAUAUCUAGAGAAAGUGGAGCUGCAGAGAGAGGAGCAGCUUCAGAGAGAGGAACGGGAGAAGAGGCGCCAGGAGCGCGAGAAGCAAUAUCUAGAGAAAGUGGAGCUGCAGAGAAAGGAGCAGCUUCAGAGAGAGGAACGGGAGAAGAGGCGCCAGGAGAGCGAGAAGCAAUAUCUAGAGAAAGUGGAGCUGCAGAGAGAGGAGCAGUUUCAGAAAGAGGAACGCGAGAAGAGGCGCCAGGAGCGCGAGAAGCAAUAUCUAGAGAAAGUGGAGCUGCGGGAGGAGGAGCAGCUGCAGAGAGAGGAGCCGCUGCAGAGGGAGGAACGCGAGAAGAGGCGCCAGGAGCGCGAGAGGCAGUAUCUCGAGAAGGAGGAGCUGCAGCGGCAGGAAGAGCGACUGCAGAGAGAGGAACGCGAGAAGAGGCUUCAGGGGCGCGAGCGACAGUAUCUAGAGAAGGUGCAGCUGCAGAGGGAAGAGGAGCAGCUGCAGAGAGAGAAGAGGCGCCAAGAGCGGGAAAGACAAUACCGGGAAGAGGAGCUGCUGCGGGAGGAGGAGCGACUGCAGAGAGAGGAGCAGCAGCUGCAGAGAGAGGAAUGUGAGAAGAGGAGGCGCCAGGAGCUCGAGAGACAGCUAGAGAAGGAGGAGCUGCAGCGCCUGGACAGGAAGAGGCAAUUGCUGGAUGAGGAUCUGCUCCAAAAUGAAGGUCGUGAUAACAGGGUUUACUUCAAACACCGAGAGAACAAAGAAAAGAGCCGGCAACUGGAUGAUUCCUGGGUGCGGGAGAGUCAAUUCCAGCAGGAUCGGCGGCCCCUGCAGGAAGAACAAGAAGAGAAAAGAGAACGCGAGCAAGAGAGGAGCCGGCAAAAGCGUGACAGGCAAUUCCCAGCUGAACAACUGCUGGAGCGAAAGCAGCAAAAGGAAACCGAAAGGCGAGAUACGAAAUUCCGAGAGGAAGAGCAGCUGCUGAAAGGGGAAAGAGAGGAGAAAAUACGCUAUCCGGAAGAAGACAGAAAGUUCCGCGAAGAGGAACAGCAGCUGCGCCGCCUGGAACAAGAUAGUAAAUUCCGCGAAGAACAACAACUGAGCCGCCAGGAAAGAGACAGAAAAUUCCGUGAGGAAGAGCAGCUCCUGCAAGAAAGGGAAGAACAGCUGCGCCGCCAGGAACGCGACAGAAAGUUCCGCGAAGAGGAACAGCAGCUGCGCCGCCUGGAACAAGAUAGUAAAUUCCGCGAAGAACAACAACUGAGCCGCCAGGAAAGAGACAGAAAAUUCCGUGAGGAAGAGCAGCUCCUGCAAGAAAGGGAAGAACAGCUGCGCCGCCAGGAACGCGACAGAAAGUUCCGCGAAGAGGAACAGCAGCUGCGCCGCCUGGAACGCGAGCAACAGCUACGCCAGGAACGAAAUAGAAAAUUCCGCGAAGAACAGCUCCUGCGAGAAAGGGAAGAACAGCUGCUCCUCCAGGAGCGGGAGCCGCAGCUUCGCCAGGAGCGCGACAGAAAGUUCCACGAGGAGGAACAGCUCCUGCAGGAAAGGGAAGAACAGCUGCGCCGCCAGGAACGCGACAGAAAGUUCCGUGAGGAGGAACAGCUCCUGCAGCAAAGAGAAGAACUGCAGCGCCGCCAGGACCGCGAGCCACAGCUUCGCCAGGAACGCGACAGAAAGUUCCGUGAGGAGGAACAGCUUCUGAAAGAAAGGGAAGAACAGCUGCGCCGCCAGGAACGCGACAGAAAGUUCCGUGAGGAGGAACAGCUCCUGCAGGAAAGGGAAGAACAGCUGCGCCGCCAGGAACGCGACAGAAAGUUCCGUGAGGAGGAACAGCUUCUGAGAGAAAGGGAAGAACAGCUGCGCCGCCAGGAACGCGACAGAAAGUUCCGUGAGGAGGAACAGCUCCUGCAGGAAAGGGAAGAACAGCUGCGCCGCCAGGAACGCGACAGAAAGUUCCGUGAGGAGGAACAGCUCCUGAGAGAAAGGGAAGAACAGCUGCGCCGCCAGGAAAGCGACAGAAAGUUCCGUGAGGAGGAACAGCUCCUGCGGCAAAGAGAAGAACUGCGCCGCCAGGAGCGCGAGCCACAACUUCGCCAGGAACGCGACAGAAAGUUCCGUGAGGAGGAACAGCUUCUGAAAGAAAGGGAAGAACAGCUGCGCCGCCAGGAGCGCGACAGGAAGUUCCGUGAGGAAGAAGACCUCCUGCGAGAAAGGGAGGAACAGCUGCGCCGCCAGGAGCGGGACAGAAAGUUCCGAGAAGAGGAACAGCUCCUCCGAGAAAGGGAAGAACAGCAGCUGCGCCGUCAGGAACUCGAGGGGGUCUUCUCCCAGGAGGAACAACUGAGGCGCGCCGAGCAAGAGGAAGAACAGAGACGUCAGAGGCAGAGAGACAGGAAGUUCCUUGAGGAAGAGCAGAGCCUCCAGCGCCAGCGAGAGGAAGAAAAGCGCCGCGUCCAGGAGCAGGACAGGAAGUUCCUCGAGCAAGAAGAGCAGCUGCACCGCGAGGAGCAGGAAGAGCUGAGGCGCAGGCAGCAGCUAGACCAGCAGUACCGGGCAGAGGAGCAGUUUGCUAAGGAGGAGAAGAGGCGUCGUCAGGAACAAGAAUUGAGGCAAGAAGAGCAGAGACGCCGCCAGGAGCGGGAGAGGAAAUUCCGGGAAGAACAGCUCCGCCGCCAGCAGCAGGAGGAGCAGAGGCGUCGCCAGGAGCGCGACGUGCAGCAGAGCCCCCGCCAAGUGUGGGAGGAAGACAAGGGCCGCCGGCAGGUCCUGGAGGCUGGCAAGCGGCAGUUUGCCAGUGCCCCGGUGCGCUCCAGCCCGCUCUACGAGUACAUCCAAGAGCAGAGAUCUCAGUACCGCCCUUAAGAGAUGCUGCCAAAUCCCGACACCUGCUGAAGCUUCAAGCAAAGGAAAAUGAGAAUCACUGAGUACCAAAUGACUCUGGUUGUGGGAAAACUUUGGUGUUAGAAUAACUCUUUUUUACAAAAUCUUAAACUAUACUUUUUCGUGUGCUUUGUACUUCUGCCUUUUAUUCUUCCUUAAAUAGUUCUUUAGGAUGUCUUUGCUCUUUGGUGCAGAUGUGGUGUGCAUUUUUUAAAAACAUAAAAGCCAUUUAAUUUGUUUAAGGAAUUUUGUUUGGGGAACACGUUCAUUCAUUGCUUUCAGAAGUAACAAAAAUAUUAUGUACAUUUGAGAUUCAAAAGAAUGGGUCAGGUUUUUAUUUGUUGACCCAUCCUGUAGAGAGCUCAGAUAUUUUUUAUGUUCAAGUUGAUAUUUCUUCCUGGCCUAAAUUAUGUUAAUAUAUAUCUCCAAAUAGCCUCCCACUUUUUGUGGAAUAAUUAGCACAGAUUCUGCAAGGGGACUGAAUUUUUCUAAGAACCCCUGAAUAGUGCAGGAGCAGGAGGAAUGGCUUCUCUAGAAAAAGUCACUGUGAAUUCAGCCCAUACUUGGAAGAAAUGUCUAUAAGACUUGGAAUCAGAAUUAAUUUCUUUUACACUUAACUCCAUAAAUAUUUAAAAUAUGAAGCAAAAGCAAGGUGUUUCUCAAACAACUCCAGAGCUCAAACUUUAAAACCAUGUCUGCUGUAGCCUGUAGCAUUCCGUUCCUUUCCCCCAGUCUUGGAUGAGCUUGAGAAUAUUACUGCCUUUGUUAAUUUUAGCUGAGAAGGGACUUGCUCAGGAUCCUGUAAACAUCUGUCUUGCUCUAGAGCCAACAAGAGAUCACAGAGCAUUUGGGGGUGGGGAAAAGGGAAGUUUUGUGGACAGAGGGGCAAGCCCCUAGAGGCCCUUUGACAAGCCCUGUCAACCCACAAUCCUUUGAGGCCUACUGAUACUACCUUAGAGACAUGUUAAAAUAAUUGGACUGUGUAAAAAAUUAAUAAUAAAUAUUUUGGCAAUUA